AUGAAAUCAAACAUGAGUAGCAAGAUAUUGAAGCUUGCGGUUGUGGAGGUGCUGUCGCAGAGUGGAUUUGACAAGACUGCAGACCAGGCGUUGAAUGUCCUGACAGACAUUCUGAGAUACUACAUCGAGCAGCUCGGAUGUAGAAUGAAAAGAAGACAUGGAAUGGGCGUUGUUUCCGAUCAAAUGUGCAGGAUUCUUAUUGAAGAGAUAUAUGGAGAGUGCGAGUAUCAAGUUCCUGAGCUUUUAUCUUUCUUGAGGUACCAGGUUACUGUGAAGAAUUACUUGAGCGAUAGAUAUAAUGUGGGGAGUGAGGAGUCCAUCCUUCAUAUCCUUAGGGUUCUUCCGAAGAAUGCACAGCUAAGGAUGGUGAUGAGGAAUGGAAGCAGCCUGAGGGAGAUAAAUGAGAUUGAAAAGGAGGUUGUGGAAGACGACGUAAAGUUUGACGAGUUUACCAAAGAGUUUGUUAGGUCGAGCUUGUUGGAAGCGAGCAGGAGGGAGGUGAGGGAAUAUAGGUUUGAGUCUGUUGAUCUUAUUGGGGGAGAGCCCCGGAAGGGUGUGAGGAUCGGGGAUGCCGAGUUCAAUGAGAUUCUGGACCGGAAACAGAAGGAAGUGGAGUUUCUGCAGGAGCCUAGGACACUUGUGAAGGACUUUGGCGGCUGGAAUAGCCGGUAUGUUUUCAAGGGAUAUGAAUAA